AUUUAGUGUUUAAGUGUUCUUAUGGUGUAUUUGAGAUGUUGAACAUAUUGUAUUUAUUUAAAGAAAAAAAUCUACAGUUGCUAAGCAUUUUAAUCAGGCUAUCUAGAUAGGAAUCUUGCAGUGAUAAAGCUGUUCCCAUGAUGGUGUUGCACACCAUCGACUUGUUGCAAGUUUUGACAAGACCGGUUCUCCGUAAAUAAAAAUGGUCCAGAUGGGAUACAGUAGCGACGAAGAAGAUGCAGUGUUUGAGCCAGUCAAGCAGAAGUAUACGCUGCGUAAACCAGUCACUCCAUACAUCUGUUCCACACCAUGUGACUUUGAGGAAGAGAGAACAUUUCUUACGGAAAAAAUAGUUCCACAACUUGAAGACCUCUGUCAUCAACGAGGAACACGAUUUAAUCCUUACGAUAUUCAGUGGAAACCAGAUAGCUUUCAAACGGAGAGUGGGCACCUACUGCGAGUGAAUUUAGACUUCAUUGUAAAAUGUUCACCAUAUUUUCUAUGCCUACUUGGGGAAACGUAUGGACCGCAUCGUAUUCCAGACAUCGGGAAGUUGCCGGAAAGUCUUCACGCAAUGACAGAGGAUACGCCAUGGCUGGAUCGGAAUUAUCUAACAGCUGCUGCGGCUGGUUAUAAGUGGAUUAUGAAAGAGGUUCACCAGAACUGCAGCAUUCCAGAGUUGGAGAUUAUCCAAGCAGUGUUUCUGGGUGACAGUCAUCGUUGCCAUUUUUACUACAGACAACCUGAACACCUCGAUAAUAAAAUGGAUGGUGCCUCAGAAGAAGAAAAGGCUCGCUUGACUUCCAUCCAUAAGCCAGACAGUGAGUACGCGGACCUGAAUAUCCGAGACCUUAAACAGAGGAUCGUCAAUAAGGGUCUACCAGUGAAGUAUUUCCGCACCUGUGCCGAGCUCGGAAAUCACGUGCUUGCAGACUGGAGGGAGAUCAUUGAUGAGUUGUAUCCUCCGUUGCUUGAUGGUCCAAGUCUGUUAGACCAGGAAGACUACAGAGAAUGGUUGAGUCAUGAGGUUUUCUCUGAGAGUCGACGUCACGUUUACCUUAACCACGCGGAGUUACGCAACUUGAAAAUGGAGCUCACUACAUUCUGUGAGAGUGUUUUGGACGAGUCUGGCUUGGAAUUUGAAGACGAACUAAGCCAGCGGUUUACCAGUAACUCUGCUUCAAGUGCUCUCAGAAAACACCAAGACAUUGUCGUAAAGCACAAAUCAGUACUGGUUGUGAAGUCAGACCGAGGCAUGGGCAAAUCAUCUCUGGUUGCCAACUGGGUUCGACAGUUUUCGUCAGAGAAUCGUGAUGUCAAGGUUAUCAGCCAUUUUAUUGGAAGUAGCGGCAAGAGUCGUGAUGUGAUGACGUUCCUAAGACGAUGUGUGUUGGAACUGCGUGAGGAAUAUAUGCCUGAUGAGUGCAGCAGUGUGUCCAACCUAGAGCUUGUUAGUCAGAAUUUCAAGGAGCUGUGUGGGAGUUUCCAGGCGUCCCUAACCCUCGGGCCAUGUGUACUGCUACUUGAUGGUGUGGAUGAGCUAGGGGCCACACUUGACCUCUCCCCUCAACAGAUAAAGUCAUUUUCAUGGAUCCCACUACCAUUACCGCCCCAAUGCAGAAUUGUGAUCACAACCCUUGUGUCUGACCUGAGCUGUACGAAUCUCAGAAAACGUCCGGACGCUUCAUUUCUCACGCUGUCAAAUCUCAACACAACAAAAGUCAAAGCCGAGCUUUUAGAAGACCACAUGCAAAUGCAUUAUGAACAUCUGAAAAGAUUCCAGCUUCAAACGCUAUUUGAAUCAAAGAUGUCAGGGCGUCCAUUGUUUUUGACGAUUCUUGGUAACGAGAUGUGUUCACAUGGUGUGUACACAGAACUUGAUGCAUAUACGGAGACAAUACGAGAAAUGUGUACAUCUAUACGUGACUUAUAUGUGCGAUGUUUUAAGCGCUGGUCACGAGACCACAGUUGGACAUAUGAGGUGUUGUCAGCUGAGCAGACGGAAAGUGAAGAAGCAGAUUAUAUUGGUUGGGUGCCAGAUGUGUUACGUCUGCUAGCAGUGUCAAGGUCAGGACUCACAGCCAAUGAAAUUUUAGAUGUUCUGGUUGCUAUGGGAUACCAGGAGAAUGUCAAGGUCACGCAAUUUGAUUGGCUAGUUUUUCUGAAGUGCAUCGGGGAAAACAUAACGGAGAGUCCAUAUGGAGUUUUCAACUUUGCACAUCAACACAUGAGAGAGGUGGUGGAAUAUGUGCUUCUAAGAACGGUAAAGCCCUCCACUGCAGAGCUGAUUACUCUGUCGGAUGUUGAUCAAGUCUGGAAGAAACAGAAGCAGGAGUUCCACGGUCAUCUGGCCCAAUAUUUCCGCACACUUCCACAUAGCCAGCGACGAGCUGAAGAGUUACCAUGGCAACUAUUGAUGGCGGGGGACUUUGAGGGGUUGAAAGAGGAAUUGACCAAUCCUGAGAUGUUUGAAAAACUCUUUGAUGCAGAGGGGAAAAAUCCAUCCAACCAUUACGACCUGAGUAGAAACUGGUUCUACCUCGAGAAGGCGGGCCACAUUGCUGCAGACGCUUAUAAGCAUCUCCUGACACAGAUUGGCCUGCUAGACAAGCAGCUAGAUGACAUAGAGGUUGAGUCAAUAGGAUAUGCAAGCUCCAGCACCUCUGGUGACGAGUUCAUGGCCAGCCCCACCCCUGAGAGUCAUGACCGUUUGACCCCACCCCAAAUCAUGCUGUACAAGACCCCCUCCCCCGGGAUGCCUUCAAUAUACACCACCCCGGCAUCAGACACACAUAAACUGUCAGUGAUUGAUGAAGCCAGUGAUGUGAUGUCCAGGCAAGAUGACCGGAGUGAUGCAGGAAGUGUUGCGGACCCUGUCUUCCUCACCCAAGACCAGCCUGAGCCAGAAGAGGUUCACUAUGACUUGAGCCCUGCAGAGAUUGUCACACUGGGAUGGCAUAUUUCACAGUUUAUGUUUGAGCUGGGCCACAAACAGACAGGGGAGGCUAUUCUCAUGGCCCUCAAUGCAAGAAUGAUGAAGGCAUACCCGUUGACAGAAAGUGACCAAUUAGUGCAUGCCAAGGUCCAGGAGGCACUGGGGCAGCUAUUUUUAGACCAGGGUGACCUUGAAACUGCGGAGAGAUGGUACAAAAAAGCCCUGCGCACCAUCAUGGAUAUGUUCGAAGCAGAAGACAAUGAGGAAAUUGCCCAUGAAAUACAGGCACUGAAAUGCACAGUCAUUGAUGCCAUUGGCCAUCUGCGUGUGGAAGAGGGAAUGUUAGAGGAUGGAGAUGACCUUUUACAAGAAGCCCUUGACCUUUCUGAGGUCAUACGCAGUCUACCUGCACAGACCAAGGUCUUGUACCACAUAGGAAACCUCAGGAGGAAGCAGUUUGAUUUUCUCAUGGCAGAAACGAACCUACGCAAGUGCCUGUUGCUACGGCAACGCUGGUAUGGCCGCUCCCAUCCCCUGGUGGCAGACGUCCUCUUCUUUCUCGGCAAACUCAUGUCAGAUGAGAACAAUGAUAAAGGGUAUGACAGAUCUUCCGCAGGAAAUGCGUUUCGACGAUGCCUUGAGGUACGAGAAGCACAUCUUGAUAAAGAUGACCUACUUGUUGCAGAAGUCCUCCUGGAACUUGGAAAACUGUUGAAGUUUGAAACCAGCUACUCUGGAAGAGUCGAGUGUCAGAGCGUAUUGUCACGAGCCCUUGAUAUUCGUAUUGCCAAGUUAGGAGGUGACCACAUUGAGACGAGAGCAGUUAGAUCGUAUCUCAACAACUUAGAGGUCUCAUUGAAGACUGCCAAGAACGAUGUCCGAUCCUCAGAACGGCCUUAUAGUUCCCUCACAUGGAGAAGUCAUGACCUCGCAAAUAUCGAAAGAAAAUCUCAUCUGCAGUCUGCGAAAUCCAGUAGCUUUGGCCAGCUUUCCCGCCCAGGAAGUACAUUGUCUAAAGCUGGCAGUCACAUGUCAAGGUCGUACAGUCAGAACAUGUCACGGCCAGUUAGCGGCCAUUUUGAUGUCACCGGGGCUCCUAUGAGUCAGAGAACUAGCUUAGCUUCAUUUUUGCCAGCUUCUGAGAGAAUUAUGCUGGAAACAAGCAAACCAAGACUUCUCCAUCGAGAAAGUGUAGACAGGAAGUUGAAACAGAAACUGGAAGUGAUGUCACCACAAUAUUCUCCUCAUGAAGAGCAGAUAAGUGAUUCUGAGAACAAGAAGCAUAUUCAUGUUGACAUGGAAGCAGUGAGUGAAAGAAAUGGCCAUGCUGUAGAUUCUGGCACACUUCUUGACAGUUAUGGAAAUGAGGGUGAGAAAACUAGUGUGAAAUUCCGAUCAUCCCCUCUGUCACCCCACUCUCAAGAAAACAGACUCGGUGCUGAAACUCCCCCACAGAGACUAUUCAGACGAUUUGGGAGCCCACAGAAUGCCUCUGGAGAUGCUAUGGUUGUGAGAAGUGGGGAGGUUGCACUACGAACAUCAGAGAACAGUUUCAUACCAAGGAGGGAAACCUCCCACAAGCAUAAGAGACCUGUUGGAAGUGCUAGAAGUGUUGGUAGUUCAUUGUAUACAAGUUAUUCUGGAACCUCCAUCACUAGCCACAAAUCAAACUGUGAUAUACCCCGGGGGCCAUUUAGCAUACAUUUGAGUAAUUCACGGACCACAACCAUGGGUCCUCAUAGCUCUGUGACAAGUUUACUCGGUGACACUGGACCAAGAGAUAUUUCAAAAGGAAUUCAUCACAAGUCUGCUUGGUAUCAUGUUCCAGGACGUUAUACUACACCAGACUUGAAACAUGCUCCAAAACGUUCGCAAAAACGUUCAGAAGCUAAAGAUCUUGAGAAGACAAUUGCACCCACUGCCCCUAAUCCUUAUACAACCUUUAUGAAGAGUGACUAUAGAAAGAACAAUCCCAAUAUGCUCUACAAAGGUUACCCGGAAUGGAACGGACACACCUGUACAAAGGGAAAAACUAAUACACCUUAUCCAAGGCAUGACAAGAAGCAGUACACAAUCUGCGAGCAGUGUCGACACGAUGCAGAAGAAAUCUUGGCUGAAAGAGAAGAAGAACUUAUGAGAAUGGUGGAAUGUGGAACUGAAGUAGAGAUGGGCCUGGCCCCAACAGUAAAUGGGUUAACAGCCCCUGAUAGGCCCCGCCAGAUGGGAUACGUGCUGGAAGAGCCCAUUAUUCCGGAAGACUAUGGACAUCCACCAACUGUUACAUUUAAGGACACUGUUGUCUUCAAUUGAAACAUUUAAAAAUUAUUGUUUAACUAUACUAAAACUGCUGUGAUAUUUAUGAAGGGUUUCUGGAACGGUUAUAUAAGCUUAAAAAUAGCCUAUUGUUCUAGAUGUCAAUGAUUAUUCACUAUCUAAUUCACCAACUUUACAUUUAAGGAUACUUAAAAUUAUUGUAAUUGUAUUAUUUACAAUUUGCUGUGAUAUGAAAGUUUUUUGGCUCGUUUUGAGCUAUAUAGUGCAGAAUGAUAGCCGACAAAUCUAUGAUAUAUAUAGAAGUUUUGGUACAUUUACCUUCUUUUUGUUGUUGAUGGAAACGAGAUCUUUAUAAGUCAUAAGAACUUCACAUUAUUAUUUUUCACAGUAAGUUAGAUACAUGCACAAAUAUAUAUAUACUGCAGGGAGUUUAUCACAUUCAUUAUUAAGAUAUUAUGAUCAUGAAAUAAAAAAAUAUAUCGUAGUAAAUUUCUAAUUUUAUUUACACGAUUUAAAUAUGCAUUGGAAAUGUUUACCAAAAUUAAAAUUAACAACCUCAACACAUGACAAAUGAAAAUCAGUUUUAUUAUCAAUCAAUUUGUAGAAGAAAUUAUUGGAAUUUUACUUUAAGCUGUUGCCUUGGGUGAUCUUAUGUAGAAUGCCCAUCAUGAAAACCAUUUAGAUCUGAGAUCAUCCAAUUCUGAGAAUUCAUACAGGAAGAAGAUUAAUCUCUUUCACUCAUUACAUCUUAGGCUAACAAUUGCAUCCAUAUGCUAACAAUACAAGAGAAAUUUCAUCUAAAUCAAGUUAAAUAUAUACAUUCUAAACCAGUUGGCUCGAUAUCGCUUACCUCAUUGAAUUGAACUAGUUGUAAAGGACCGAUUUAUUUUUACUCUAUGUAUGCAUUCCUACUUGGCUUACUAUUCGCGACGCUCAAAGUAUUUUGGCCGGUCCCUCGGAUAUCGAGCCAAUGGGUUUUUGACUGUAUUCGUUUAUAUAAUUAUGAUAAUCACAUUUAUAAUUAAGUAAAUCACUAGUUGUGCGUUUAGAUAGAAUUUGGUUCAUUUGUCAACUGUGUUCCUGUCUCGAUAGAUUGUGUCAGAUCUGAUGUAUUUUGUUCAAACAUUGUGUUGUUAUUUAUUUAUUUGUUUACAUUUGCAAAUGAUGGUAACUUAAUGAUUUGUUGUAUUUUCAUGAGGCUAGAGAAAGAAUAUCUUUUAGAUUCCCUUCCAUUUUUUGUUUUUAGAAAUUGGCAUGUUAAGAAAUUUUGUUUUCUUAUAUUUUUUUAAUAUAAGCUUUGUAAAACAUUUAAAAAAAUGAAACAUUUUCCAAAAUUUUAAACAUAUUCUUAUUAAAGCUAGCUAAAGAAAUUUAGGCGGGCUUUUGGAAAAGGGUAUGCUGGGACUAAAAUCUAAAUAUUGGUUCUCACUUGCCUGAGUUAAUAUUAAAUAUGUGUGACCUAUUGAAUAAGAAUUCUAAGGAGUGAAAUGAGAAAACAGUGAAUGAUGUGAAAAUCAUUCCUAUACUUGAACCACAACAAAUUUAAUUCAAGCUUUAUUUCAACUUAUAUAUAACGAUAAAAAAUAUUAUCAUCUGUAUGCAUUUACCAAAAUAAAUGGUUAACAGUAAAUGUGAUGCAGGUAGGAUAACCAUUUCUUAUAGUUAAUUCAUAUUAAUAACUGUUUAAGUGUUUGAAAUUAUAUUUUGUCUACUGACCCAGCCUCUUUUUAAAUUUACUGAUUCACCUUAUUAAAAUCAUGCCAUGACUGAUGAAUUAUCAAAAUUAAAGACUGUCAGCCUUUAACAAUACUGCCUUCCCAUUAAACAAAAUUUAACUUUGAACACUGAAGACAGUUAUAGAGUCCAUUUUCACAAUUAUAGAUACAUGAAGUCUUGUACUCCAUAAUCAUGUAUUUAUUUAGUGCACUCAUUGAAAUGGCAUGAUCCCUUGUAAUCUACUUAUGCUGAACAGACUGUGGUCAAAUAUAAAGCUUAUGAAGUCUCCGAAGUCAUGUGCAUGUAGUCAGUAUUUCAUUCCUCAUAAUAGUUAAGAAGCCAAGAAUAAGUCAGACAUGCUUGAAAUUUACUUGAUCUGUAUGUAACUCAUAAUCAUAAUCUCAAGAGCUUAUCUUAAUCAGUAUCAUAAGUUUUACAUUUGUUUUAACAUGUGCUAAUAGUUGCUUAAAGUAAAUGGAUUUUAUAUUUCCAUAAAAAAACUUAUUGUUAUGUUAUUGACACCUUAACAUUUUUUUAUCAAAAGUUUUUAAGCUAUAUAAGUGGAUUAUGUGUUUGUUAAAGAUAAUAUGUAUAUAUUAUGAGGUUAAUUUAAGCUGCAGCUUUAUUAGCCAAACAUCUAUGUUAUUUCUUUGGGUUUUAUGUAAGUUAUGUAUCUCAGAUUUUUUUCAGCUUUAGAAACUAAAAAAUGUGUGUAUAUUUUUUUCAAAUAUGAAACAACUCAAAAUAUCUGAAGUUCAAAUUGUGUUGCAAAAUAAGUCUUUCUGACGCAUUUAGAUAAAGUGUAAGUUUGAAAUAAAAAUCAUUAUUAAUUGAUAUUGUCUUUAUUGAUAAUUUGAAACAUAAACUAAAUUGGACUAGACAAGGCAAAAAAAAUGAGCACUAUUGAUUUUAAGGUUAAAGAUCAAGGUCACAAGAAUCUAAAAAUCUGUUUCCAACCCAAAACUGAAGAACACAAAAACUGCCAAACCUUUAACGCUAUUGCUUAUUUGUACAAACUAGCAUAACACCUCCUGACUAUGUGAUAUUCUUUUUCUGUUACUCAGCAUUAGAAGUGCACUGUAUACAUUAGAGAUAUUUUAGAAUAUUAUAUAUCUUAUCUUGUGAUUGUUAUUGGAUAUUCCUCAGUUAUACUGUAUUCUUAGCAAUAAAAUUAAUGUAUGCA